AUGGAGCCUACCCAAGCCAAUUUCAGUCAUCCUUACCAGCCUUAUUCCAUCCAGCUAGAUUUUAUGAGAGAACUCUAUCGCUGCAUAGAGGAGAAGAAGGUGGGAAUCUUUGAAUCUCCUACGGGCACUGGCAAGUCGUUGAGCUUGAUCUGUGGUGCUUUGACCUGGCUCCGAGACCAUGAACAACGGGCACUUCAAGGUCUGACGGGUGGAGGUGAGCCGCUUGACUGGCUUUUAGAGGCUGAAAAAACCGCCCAACGUCGUGAGCUACUUCUUGAACGCGAGGAGCUUGAAUUGAGGCUUUCCAGAAUCCGUAAAGAAGAAGCAUCCCGCCGACAGCGUCAACACGACGCGAAAGCUUCCAAGAAACCUCGAACUAAGAUUCCAACUGACGAGGGUAAUGCUCCAGAUGAGGAUGAGUUUAUGUUGGAGGACUACGACAGCGAGAGGGAAGAGACGAGCAUUGCAAAUUACUCAACCGCCGGCCUCUCGAGCUCAACUCAAGCCCUGCUCGACAAGCUACCAGGCCCAACGAGAACUAAUGUUGAAGAACAAGAAGAAAAAGAUCGACUUAAGAUUAUCUUUUGUUCGCGCACUCACUCUCAGCUCACACAAUUCGUGAAUGAACUGCGCCGUGUCAAUCUUCCUCCAUCCCUUUCUUUAGAGGCUGCAGAUUUCACACACAAGCCUUCGCUUGAGGAACGAGUUAAACAUCUUGCUCUAGGCUCACGAAAAAAUUUGUGCAUCAACAGCAAAGUUGCAGGACUGUCGUCUGCCUUCGCAAUCAAUGAGCAAUGUCUCGAACUGCAGAAGCCUGCCACUCCCAAAGACAAAAAAUGUCCCUAUAUCCCUGCAAGAGACGAUAAAUCAAAAGUUGAAGAUUUUCGAGACCGAGUUGUUGCAGAGGUUCGCGACAUCGAAGAUACGAGUCGUCUAGGCAGGGAAAUGCAACUCUGUCCCUAUUAUGCUUCGCGAGCAGCCAUAACCAUGAGCGAGGUGCUCACGUUGCCCUAUCCUCUCCUCCUACAAAGGUCCGCCCGUGAAGCUUUGGGGGUCUCCGUGAAAGACAAUGUUGUAAUCAUUGAUGAGGCUCACAAUCUUAUGGAUGCCAUCGCAGACACCUUCUCCAUCUCACUGCGUUUGAGCCAGCUCGAAGAAGGUGCUCGGCAAGUUACUGCUUACGCGGGUCGCUUCAAGAAUCGCUUGAAAGGGAAAAAUCGUGUGUAUAUUAUGCAAGUGAUACGGUUGCUGAAUUCGAUGACCGACAGUCUGCGUGGCACGUUGCAAAAGACGACUUCAACUGAAGCAACUAUAACGGCUGCACAACUCAUGUCCGGGAAAGGCGUUGAUCAGAUCAAACCCCACAAACUCUUACAAUACCUGCACGAAAGUAAGCUCUUCCACAAGGUUGAGGGAUACUCCGAGGUGCGACGAGAUCACUCUGUUUCGAAUCAGGGCAAGGGUGCCUUGCUGCACUUUCAAAACUUUCUGAUAGUAUUAAUGAAUCCGGACGACGAAGGACGAUUUUUCAUAAGCCGACAUGAUGACGAAGUUGUCGUCCGAUACACGCUGCUCGACCCGAGAGAGCAUUUUCGACAAAUAGUUCAAGAUGCUAGAGCGGUUAUUCUGGCAGGCGGCACCAUGUCCCCCAUGUCCGACUAUUCAGAUUAUCUGUUCUCAUAUCUCGACAAAGAUCGGCUUCGGUCAUUCAGCUUCGGCCACAUAGUUCCCCCUUCUCACCUAUUCGCUCAGGCCGUCGGGAGGGGACCUUCUGGCAUUGAGUUCGAUUUUAGGUACGAAAUGCGUGGCUCCGAAAGAAUGAUCCUUGAAUUGGGAGACCUUGUUGUACGAGUAUGCAGCAUCGUGCCGGAUGGGGUUGUGGUAUUCUUCCCCAGCUACGAUUAUCUUGCACGAGUGGUUUCAAUUUGGCAGCGCCUACCAGCUCCCCGGCCAGUAAUGCAAGCGCUCGGUAACGUCAAGGCACCUUUUCAGGAAUCCAAGUCAAUCGCUGUCGAUCAACUACUGCAGGAAUACGCCGCCGCCGUGGAUGGCGGGAGAGGGGGCCUGAUGUUGUCAGUUGUGGGUGGAAAGCUUUCAGAGGGCAUCAACUUCUCAGACAAACUCGGUCGGGCCGUAAUUGCAGUUGGUCUUCCAUUCCCAAAUGCUAACGGAGCGGAAUGGAGGGCCAAGAUGGAACAUAUUGAGGGGAUUCGUUAUGAGCACUGCAAAAGCCAGGGGAAGACGGAAGCAGAAAGCAGGGCCGAGGCGAAAAGUGCGAGCAGAGGAUACUACGAAAACACCUGCAUGAGGGCUGUGAAUCAAAGCAUCGGAAGAGUAAUCCGGCACAGAAACGACUAUGCUGCGAUUUUGAUGCUCGACAGACGGUUUUCAACGGAGAGGAUAUCUCGCAAGUUGCCUGCCUGGAUACAUGGAAGCAUGAACAACAGCUUGCGGGACUGGUCAGAUAUAGAGAAGGGCGUAGAGGUCUUUUUCCGGGACAAGCAAUGA